UUGGUCUCUCUCUCUCUCUAAAUUCUCCCUCAAAAGUCGCAGCCAAAAAACGACACCCGUUUCAUCUCCGACAGUCUACAGUUGGAGAGUUCGCCGGAAGGUACUUGGAAUAGAAUGGCAUUGGUCACAACCGCUGAAGUUUGUGAUGCAAACCCACAGCUAAUUGUUAGUGGAGAGCUCCGGGCACUGCAGCCCGUGUUCCAGAUUUAUGGUCGGCGCCCAGUCUUCUCUGGGCCAAUUGUUACCCUCAAAGUCUUUGAAGAUAAUGUCUUGAUCCGCGAGUUUCUUGAGGAGAAAGGUAAUGGCAGAGUUCUUGUUGUUGAUGGGGGUGGAAGCAUGCGGUGUGCAAUUCUGGGGGGCAAUCCUGUGGUGCAAGCUCAGAAUAAUGGAUGGGCAGGUAUAGUGGUCAAUGGCUGUAUACGGGAUGUUGAUGAGAUCAAUGGUUGUGAUAUUGGGGUAAGAGCUCUGAACUCCCACCCGAUGAAAGCCAAUAAGAAGGGGAUUGGGGAGAAACAUGUACCAAUAGCCAUUGCUGGGACAAGAAUCUCCGAUGGGGAAUGGCUUUAUGCAGAUACUGAUGGAAUUCUGAUUUCCCGAACUGAGUUAUCUGUCUAAGCGUCCUUUCCUCUGAAACCAGUACUUGCACGAAGCUAUUUCUGGGAAGUAAGUUUUAUUGUAUUGCUUUGUUGGUAAAUUUGUGUUCUUAAGCUCACUUCAGAGCCUUGAUGUUUGUACUAUUCUCCAAAUAUGUGAUAAUGGAAGUAUGCUGUUCUGUCCACCAUGGAUAAAUGUCUACCUUGUGUUUUCCUA